GUGGCAAUAUGUGUAAUUGUGCAGUUCAUCAAAGGGAUUUUUUUUUUCCGGUCCUUGUUGGCGAACCUUCCGCAUCCUUCCAUCCCGUUCCGCAGACACACCUUGCCGCGCCCGCUCGAAGAAAUGCUCCUCCGCCACCGCCACCACCUCCACCUCUUGUCACGCCCGCGCCGCUGCUUCCCUCUCGCCGCCCUGCGUUGUGUCGCCAUGUCCUCCUCCGUUUGCCCCUCUUCCUCCACCUCCACCUCCGCGGCCGCGGACUACCACUGCCGCACCAAGCACAGUCCCACCGCCGGCUACGCGCGCGGUCCGGGCCGCCUCGACUGGGCCAACCAGCCCAACCCCUUCCUCCGCUUCUGCCCCGCCCCGCAACUGCCGCUCCCCAAUCCGCCUCCGGUCGCCCCCGUCCCGUACCCUGCCCUCUUCCACUCCCCGCCCCCGCCGCCGCAGCCGCUCACCGUCGACUCCCUCUCCGCGCUGCUCUUCCACUCCCUCGCGCUCUCCGCCUGGAAGUCCGCGGGCCUCUCUACCUGGUCGCUCCGCGUGAACCCCAGCAGCGGCAACCUGCACCCCACCGAGGCCCACCUGCUCUUCCCGCAUCCGCGGGAGGCCGACCGCCUCGCCGUCGCCCACUACGCGCCCCGCGAUCAUCUCCUCGAGGUCCGCGCUACCGCACCAGUUGGGGAUCGUUCCGCGAUUCUGUCUGCGCCGGGGAUGGCGGUCCUGGCGCUAUCGUCAAUCUUCUGGCGAGAGGCGUGGAAGUACGGGGAGCGGGCGCUGCGGUACUGCAAUCACGACGUGGGGCACGCGCUCGCGGCGGUGGCGGUGGCCGCAGCCACGCUGGGUUGGGACGCGCGUGUGCUAGACGGGCUGUCGGACGAGGACCUCGGGAGGCUCGUUGGUGUGGACAAAGGGAGCCCGGCUGCCCCUCCGGAGGGGCUGCCUGACAAAGUGGUCAAGGGUAAGGCGCCAUGGGUGGAACGGCAGCAUCCAGAUUGCGCUGUUCUGUUAUUCCCGGCGGGGUCUGAGCCUGAGGUCGACUAUGGCAGAAUGAGUGAGGCGCUAAGGGGGUUUGAUGGGCUGGAGUGGGUGGGGAAGGCAAAUGCACUUAGUAAAGAUCAUGUGGUGUGGGAUGUGAUAUACAGAACAGCAGAGCAAGUGAAGAAGCAUGGCCCUGCACUCGGGGAACGGUUCUUUGUGAUGCCAUGGCAGAAGAGUCCAGCCUUGUCCAAUGGACUGUAUAAUGAAUUAACAGUGCAAGAGGUAGUGCGGCAGAGGAGAAGCGCGGUGGACAUGGACGGCGUGCAUGUGAUGGGAAGGGAUACGUUUUACCAGAUGCUGAUGCACUGCCUCCCAUCAGGGGAGGUUGGAUCAGGCGAGCGGCAAGGGCAGCAGAGUGCCCUGCCAUUCCGUGUAUUACCAUGGGAAGCAGAGGUGCAUGCCGCACUAUUUGUGCAUCAUAUCUCAGGGCUGCCUAAGGGGAUGUAUUUCCUUGUCAGGAAUGAGGAGCACUUUGAUGCGUUGCAGCAUGCCAUGAGGCAGGACUUUGAGUGGGUUAAGCCAGAAGGAUGCCCUGAUGGCCUCCCACUCUACAGGCUGAUGAAAGGGGAUUGCCAGAAGUUUGCCAUGCAGGUCUCGUGCUUUCAGGAAAUUGCCUCCCAUGGGUGCUUUAGCCUUGGGAUGAUUGCUAGAUUCGAGCCCGUGUUGCAUGAGAAAGGUGAAUGGAUGUAUCCUCGUUUGUUCUGGGAGACUGGCAUUCUUGGUCAAGUGCUUUACCUCGAGGCCCAUGCUGUUGGAAUAUCUGCCACAGGAAUUGGAUGCUACUUUGAUGAUGCUGUUCACGAGGCACUUGGCUUGAAAGGUUUGGAGUUUCAAAGCCUGUACCAUUUUACAGUGGGCGCUCCUGUGCUUGACAAGAGGAUAAUGAGUCUCCCAGCUUACCCUGGUCCCGGAAUUGACGCAUGAUUUUUGCCUAGUAUUUUCUGUCGACAGAUCAUCAUGAGAACAGAGCAACCUGACUAUUUCAUUUCAUGUAUAGUGGCAUGCUUGAAAUGUACGCAUACCCCCGGUAGUAGCCAGUAUUUUUUGUAGUGGUUAGUCAGUAUGAUCUUAUGUUGCACCAGCGUAAUGUUGGUACAGUAUGUUCGGAUGUUCCAGUGUGCGAUUAUUCUGGUCCUCAACCAGAGUUUUGUAUCCACCCCACCAUCUUUACUAGAAUAACCAAGGUGUACAAAAUUGUAGAACUAGCUAUGUAAGAAGAAAAAUCAGGGGACAAAGUGUAAAUCCUUUUGCGGCUAUACAAUUGAAGCGAAUUUCUGCAUGUGCAGAUUGGUUUCUGCCCAGGUCCAAA